CCAGGGCCGGUCCUGGCUUUGUAGCUCACUCAAGAUGGCGGCGCAGCCACCCAGCGGGAUCCGCCUCAGCGCGGAGAGGAGCAGUUGAUGACAUCCGGCCGAGAAGGCAGGGUUUGAAACAAGCCCUGCUGUGGAAGCUGCUGCGUCCCCAGCCUCGUUUCCCAGGAGUCUUUUAAGGCACAUCUCCCUGCAGCAAGCACUUUGCCCGAAGUUUUUACACACAAAUUCAACUAGUCAUACCUGGCCGUUCAGUGCAGUUGCUGAAUUAAUAGAUAAUGCUUAUGAUCCUGAUGUGAACGCUAAACAGAUAUGGAUUGACAAAACAGUGAUAAAUGACCGGAUAUGCUUGACAUUUACUGAUAAUGGGAAUGGUAUGACACCAGAUAAGUUACACAAAAUGCUUAGCUUUGGCUUCAGUGAUAAAGUUACCAUGAAUGGUCAUGUCCCGGUUGGAUUGUAUGGGAAUGGAUUCAAGUCAGGCUCUAUGCGCUUGGGUAAAGACGCAAUCGUUUUUACCAAAAAUGGAGAAAGCAUGAGUGUGGGGUUCUUGUCGCAGACCUACCUGGAAGCCAUCAAAGCAGAACAUGUGGUUGUCCCAAUUGUUGCCUUCAACAAGCACCGACAGAUGAUUAACUUAGCAGAAUCAAAAGUGAGCCUUGCUGCAAUUCUAGAACAUUCUCUGUUUCCUACUGAGCAAAAGCUGCUGGCAGAACUUGAUGCAAUUAUGGGUAAGAAGGGGACUCGGAUCAUCAUUUGGAAUCUUAGAAGCUACAAAAAUUCAACAGAGUUUGAUUUUGAAAAGGAUAAAUAUGACAUCAGAAUUCCUGAGGAUUUAGAUGAGACCACAGGGAAGAAAGGGUACAAGAAGCAAGAAAGGAUAGACCAGAUUGCCCCCGAGAGUGACUAUUCCCUGAGGGCUUAUUGCAGUAUAUUAUAUCUAAAGCCAAGAAUGCAGAUCAUCUUGCGUGGACAGAAAGUGAAGACACAGCUAGUUUCGAAGAGUCUUGCCUACAUUGAACGUGAUGUUUAUCGACCUAAAUUUUUAACUAGAACAGUGAGAAUUACUUUUGGAUUCAACUGCAGAAAUAAAGAUCAUUAUGGGAUAAUGAUGUAUCACAGAAAUAGACUCAUCAAAGCUUAUGAAAAAGUUGGAUGUCAGCUAAGGGCAAACAACAUGGGUGUUGGAGUGGUUGGAAUUAUAGAGUGUAAUUUCCUUAAGCCAACUCAUAAUAAGCAAGAUUUUGACUACACUAAUGAGUACAGGCUUACAGUUACAGCACUAGGAGAAAAACUGAAUGAUUACUGGAAUGAAAUGAAAGUGAAGAAGAAUGCAGAAUAUCCUCUAAAUUUGCCAGUUGAAGAUAUACAGAAAGGUCCUGAUCAGACAUGGGUUCAGUGUGAUUCCUGCCUAAAGUGGCGAAAAUUACCAGAUGGGAUAGAUCAACUUCCAGAAAAAUGGUAUUGCUCCAAUAACCCUGACCCACAGUUCAGAAAUUGUGACGUUCCCGAAGAACCUGAAGAUGAAGAUUUGGUACAUCCCACAUAUGAAAAAACCUACAAAAAGAACAACAAGGAAAAAUUUAGGAUCAAACACCCAGAAGUGAUCCCUCGGAUCAAUGCCGAGCUGUUACAUAGGACAACUUCUAUGCCAGGUCAGAGCUUUUCUCCUGCAAAGGAAAGUGUUCCAAGAGCACAUCUUCCAGAAGUAGCAAAUUCUUACCCAACAAGAUUUCUAAAUAAUCAUCGUGUUUCACCCCAGUCUGACCCUGAGAACAGCAGAGAGAAGCUGUCCGCAAUGACAGUUGAGCCCUUUGGGACGGUAACCCUUGCCACCAAUGCUUCCGGUCAGUUUCGCAGGGAGCCAAGGACUGCCAACCUGAAACGGAGAUUUUCUACUCGUUCCUCAAUUUUGAAUGCAAAGAAUCGGAGAUUGAGUAAUCAAACGUUUGAAAAUUCUUUUAAAAAUGAUGAUGACGAUGAAGAUGUCAUCAUUUUAGAAGAAAGCAGUACUCCUAAACCUGCCGUAGAUCUUGAUGUUGAAGCCAAAUCGGAGCAGAGUCACAUUAAACAAAGUGGCCUUCAGGUUGAGAUUUUGGACGACGCUCAGCCUUGUGGCCAGACCAGUUCCACAGUUCCCUCGUCCAGGUGUGAUCAGGGCACUGCUGCGGCCACCCAAACCGAAGCCCCAAGUUUCAUUGUUAAAAAGGAAGAAACUGUCGAAGAUGAGAUAGAUGUAAGGAACAAUUCAGUGAGGUUGCCCAUCUCUGCAGAUGCUGAUGCAAAGGUGCAGGACACCACAACACAAACCUUUGACAAGUCUGCAGAGACUGGUGGCUCUCAGUUACAAGUACUGAGAAAUGAACUCCUCCUAGUGACCCAAGAAAAAAACAGGUAUAAGAGUCAGUGUCAUGUGUUUACGGACCAAAUCAAAGUAUUAGAAGAGAAGAUCCUAAAAAUGAAUGACAAAUAUGUCAAGAAGGAAACUUGCCAUCAAUCUACUGAAACUGAUGCUGUGUUUUUACUUGAAAGUAUUAAUGGGAAAUCUGAAAGUCCAGACCAUAUAGUCUCUCAGUAUCAGCAGGCUUUGGAAGAAAUAGAAAGGCUGAAAAAACAGUGUAGUGCUGUGCAGCAUGUGAAGGUCGAAUGCAGUCAGUGUUGUAAUCUCGAGAGUAAAAGGGAUGUGGACGAAAUGGCUGUGCAGCUUGAUGAUGUGUUCAGACAGUUGGACAAGUGCGCUGUGGAGAGGGACCAGUAUAAAAGCGAGGUUGCAUUAUCAGAAAUAGAGAAAUCACAUAUGCGUUCCCAGUGCGAACAACUCAAAACAGAAAUCGAACAGCUAAAAUCUACAAGGCAACAGUUAGGAGCAGAUGUUUCGACUUCAAGUAACAUGGAGUCUGUCAAUUACUUGGAUGGGGAAAGCCUCAAGCUUCGGUCUCUUCGCGUUAACGUGGGACAGUUGUUGACUAUGAUCGUGCCUGACCUCGAUCUUCAGCAAGUGAAUUACGAUGUUGAUGUGGUUGAUGAGAUCUUAGGACAGGUGGUGGAACAAAUGAGUGAAAUCAGUAGCACAUAAAGUAGGUUUCAUGCGAAAUAGUAAAAAUAUAGCCACUUCUUUUGCGUGUAUAGCUUUCCAGAUACAAAGUUUUGUUUUAUAAGUAAGGUGGACAGAAGACUUCGGAGUCCUAAUCUUUACUGUAUUCUAUGCAUUCAAGCGUGGUCACAGAUGCUGUGGACACAUUGUUAUGCCUUCGGAAAUACCUAUUAAUUGUACUGAGCAGCGCAGUGGCUGACUUACAAUUGUGUUUUGAAUGUAAAUAUUUGUGAUUAAGCCCACACGUAUUUUUUUAUUGCUCUAAAGUACAUAAGUGUUUUUCACCAGGAGCUUUUCAAGUUGUUCCUAAAUUUGGUGCAAUUUUUUCUGGUGCUCAAAAAAAGUAUUUUUCACUGAGCUAAUGGCUGUUCCAUAAUACAAACAAAAACUUUACUACCUUUGAUUUUCUUAAAAAGGAAUUUAAAUAGGAUUUUUAAAUAACACCUCUGAUAAGUAUGUGCUUCUAAGGGAGUUGAGCAUUAUAGUUUCUUUUCUAUAAGUUCCUGUCUCCUGAAAUAUUUAAAAUAUGGUAAGCUAAAGCAGACUCCAUUUUGCCAGGAUUAUUCUUGUGCUGAGAUUGCCAACGAGCUUAAACACAAAGUGUUUUUAUAGAACAAAGAAAUGAUCUUUAGUAUAAAGCAUUGAAAUUGUUAAAUGAUCACCAAGCUUACUUUGAAGCCUACUUUUGGCUGUUUAUUCAGCAUGGAGUAGGCACUGUAAUUAUUUCAUUUUUUUGUGUGAAAUUUCUUGUACAGUCUUUUGUAGGGUUAGUGCAGAUUAAUGUGAAUUGAGGAAGACAGUCUUUCUCAAACAGUAGUGCAUUCUUUUGAUUAUACCACAAACCCAAGUGUUCAUAUCCUGGAGUUGAGGAGCAGACUCCGUGAGGAUUAUAGUGUUACAUGCCAGGAAAUAGGUUUUAUUGGUUCCAUGUUUGUGCAAUCCUAAAGAGAUGGCUUUCUAUUAAAUAUAUGACUGUAUAUAAUUAAGAAUCAUAUUUUCCACAACUAGAAUAUGCAUUAUUUUUUCCAAAGGUUUAUCAUUGCUAUUUAUUUUUACUUUUGUUUCUGAAAAUUCAAUACAUAUUCAUUUUAUAUGUUUGUUUAAUUACAUGUACAUCAUACAUAAUAUUGAAUUUUUAUUAUAUUUUUAGCUUCUGGAAGGAGCAAAUAAAUGGAGAUGGUUUUUAUUUGCUUUGAUAGUAAGUGAAAGUGUAUUUUUGGUAUGAAACUGGGUUUCUGACACAAUUAUAACUGCCCAAAUUUUAAAAUACCUUGUAAUAAAAAUACAUGAUGGUUAACUCUUCAGAUAUUUUUAAAGAAUUCAAUAUUAGGGCCAGGGAUUUAGCUCAGUGGCACAGCACCUGCCUGGAAAAUGCAAGGUCAUAAGUUCGAUCCCUGGUACCACAAAAAAAAAAGAAUUCAAUAUUAACUUCAAAGUAUUCUGUGAAACCCUCAAGUUGAGCUGCUUUUACUGCAUUAUCACAGGUUAUAUUUUGAAGACUAAGACUGUUUCCUUAAUACUGAGGGAGAGAAUAUGUGUGUUCUUUGCUUUGUAUAAAUUAUUUCAUCUGGAGAAACUUUACCUACAUUGAGCACCUGUGUAGUCACAGAAGGUUUGUGAUUAAGUUGAAAUAGUGGUUCUUUUUGGAACUUGACAUUUCCCCCUUCCUCUUGGUCAGCUUCUGUAUUCUGGCAAAAAUGUACUUUAUAUGACUGUUCUCUGGCUUAAUGGGAAAAUUAACCAUAAGAUUCAGAAGAUAAACUUGGUUGCUAAGUUGGGUCUUUAGAACUACUUACAUACUUUUCACUCAUUAAAAUAUUAAAACAGACUGAAAAUAUGGCUAAUAAGAAACCUGACAGGACAAUGUUGACUUUGAAGGUAUAUGUACUAUUUAGCUAUAAAAAUGACACUUUGCAUUUGUCUCAAGUUGGACGUAUUUUCAUGUUUUAUUGAUGUAAUUUCAGUGUUUUAUGUGUUCUAUAUUGUGUUCUUUCCGCACUCAUUUCUUUCGGGUUGUCUUGCCACUGUAAAGAAUUUCAAAGUUUGCAUUGGUACAGCCCUGACCACCACCCAGCAAAUUCCAUUUGAGAAAGAAACCUCACAGCGGGUUGAGUGACCUUGUGUACUAGCUCAUAAAUGGGCUUGUGUCCUUCUGUUUGUCUUUUGGAUAUUGGGCUACAGCUCACAGAAAGAAUGUCAUCAAUGCCUGGUUGGUAUAAAAGAAAAAAUAAAUACAUUUAUACCUUUCAGAA